AUGACGACUCUCACUCUUGCCCAUUCUCUCUUCAGCUCAUCUUCCCAAAAACAUUUUCCUUUCAGACUCAUAGCCCAUGCAUCCACGCAACUCUCCCCCACCCCAAGCUCUCCUAAACAGCAAUUUUCGAACACAAAAAAAACUGGAGUCAUUGUUAUCGGAGCCGGCCUUGCAGGUUUAGCUGCCGCCACCAAGCUUAACUCCCAAAACAUCCCCUUCCUCCUACUAGAGGCUUCUGAUGUUGUUGGUGGCCGAGUUAGGACUGACGUUGUUGAUGGCUUCCUCCUUGACCGAGGCUUCCAAAUCUUCAUUACUGCAUAUCCUGAGGCCCAAAAACUUCUUGACUAUCAAGCAUUGGAUCUACAGAAAUUCUACUCAGGUGCCCGCAUUUACUUUGAUGGUCAGUUCCACACUGUGGCUGAUCCUUUACGCCACUUCUUUGAUUCUGUCAAGUCCCUGACUAAUCCCAUAGGAUCUGUUAUCGAUAAGUUACUUAUCGCGUCAACAAUGAUUCAGGUCCUGAGUAAAUCAGAUGAUGAAAUUAUGCGUGCUGACGAGAUUCCUACGAUUGAUCUCCUAAAGAAAAUUGGGUUUUCGGAUUCGAUAGUAGAACGCUUUUUCCAGCCUUUCUUCGGUGGCAUAUUUUUUGAUAAAGAGCUGGGAACUACUUCAAGAUUGUUCUACUUUAUAUUCAAAUGUCUAGCUCUCGGUAACAAUACGCUUCCUGCCAAUGGAAUCGGAGCCAUUCCAAAUCAAUUAGCAUCUAAGUUGCCACCUGAUUCAAUCUUGUUGGAUACAAGAGUCGUUUCUGUCGGUCUAGACAAGGAUCAAAGUAUAACAAUGCCCUUCGUUAGGGUGGAAAAUGGAGAAAUUAUACAAAGCGAGCUUGGAGUAAUUGUGGCUGUUGAAGAACCACACGUUAAUGAGCUUUUAAUGGGAAUUAACAGUAUUCCAGUUCAAAGUAAAAAACCUGCUCGCAGUACAGUGUGUUUGUAUUUCUCAGCAGACCAGAUUCAGAUACCUGUUCAAGACCCAGUUCUGUUACUUAAUGGUUCGGGCAAAGGAAUUGUAAAUAACAUGUUCUUUGCAACCAAUGUAGCUCCAUCCUAUGGUCCACCUGGGAAGGCAUUAGUAUCAGUGUCUCUGAUCGGGUUGUUCGAUGAUAUAUCUGACCAUGAUCUAAUAAAUAAGGUAAUUUUAGAGCUAUCAGGUUGGUUUGGAGGCUCAAUAGUCGGGUCAUGGAAGCACUUGAAAACAUAUAAGAUUAGAUUUGCACAGCCAAACCAAUGCCCUCCUACUAAUUUGAUGAAAAAUCCUGAAAUGGGGUCAGGCCUAUACUUGUGUGGCGAUCAUUUGACUUCUGCUACCUUUGAUGGCGCAUUAGCUUCCGGAAGAAAAGCUGCAGAAGCUUUAUUAAGAGACAGGGCCUUAGUUAAGGUUUAA